ACGAUCCUACUCAUCGGCGAAGGAAACUUCAGCUUCGCCCACAGCCUAGCCAAGCGGCUCGGCUCCGCGCAAAACAUAACCGCAACAGCAUUCGACACGCGCCCGAUUGCCCUGGAGAAAUACCACGACGCGCAAAUCCACCUGGACGCGUUGCAAGAAAUGGGCGGCGAGGUCCUUUUCGGCGUAGAUGGCACGGCGCUGGAUAAGGUUGAGGAGCUGAAGGGGCGGAGCUUUUCGCACAUUGUGUUUAAUUUCCCACAUGCCGGCGCGGGCAUCAAGGACCAGACAAAGAAUAUAUUGACGAACCAGGUUCUUAUGAUGGGCUUUUUCGAAAGCUCCGUUUCGUUCCUGCACAAGGGCACGGCGGUGGCAGUGGCGGUGAAGCCAGGGCAGAUCCAUGUUGCGCUAAAGUCCGGCCCGCCGUACUCACACUGGAAUAUCCGGCAGCUGGCCAAGGACAGCGGACUGAUGUCGCGCGGCUCCGUGGUGUUUGACUUCUCGGCAUUCCCUGGGUACGAGCACCGCAGGACGCUGGGGUUCAAGGAGGGCGUGUCGAAGGACGAGAACCGCGAGAUUAAGGACAAGGAUCCGCUGAUCCACAUGUUUGUCGUC